AUGCUACCUCCGUCGUUAGGAUCGAUUCCAGAGGUUAAAGAGGAGUACCCGGGUGCAUGCCUUACUGAACGUACCGCCAGGCUACUUCAGUUCAUUGAGUUGGGACCUCCUGAUUUAUGUAAUAUUUACAAGCACUCAGUCAAUGCCAAAAGGGAGAGUGGGGAAAUUGGCACUUUCCUAUAUUUCGUUGGAGUUGAUACUUCCUCAGUAGCGUCAAUUGCUGCACACUUGCAGAGCUUGGCCAAUUUAAUGACGUCAAAGGCGCAAUACUGGUUUGGAGAAAAGAAACAUUGGAAAGUUCCUCAAUUGACGUAUUGUACCUUCAACGCCUUCAGUAAGUUGGAUGUAAGAGUCACUGUUCAUAUCCCGGGAAAGUUUGGAAUACAAAUUUUAAAUCAAGAUGGUAAGAUGAUUCAGGACAAUUUGAAUGAAAAGCAAUUGGACAAGGUGUGGAUCGAAACAUUUGUCACCUCUGUUACUAGAGCUGUAUUAGAAAGUGAAGACAAUGAAGAUGCCAAUAAGUUGGGCGGGGUUGUUGAAAUUAGAAAGAUUAAUCCGUUCAAUAAUGGAGUUGCCUCAAAAGAGUUGUUGAAUAACUAUUUCACCGGGUUUGAGCAAUUGUUUUUCCAAGGUACCAAGUUGGGAUGUAAUGUUGAUUUCCCACAACCAACCGCUGUAAACAACUACCUUGUUGAUGGGUUCUUGAAGGUGGUUGAGUUGACCCAAAGCUAUAGUCAGGGUAUGGAGAUUUUGCAAAGAUUGUAUAAAACUGAGCCUGGUUUGAUUUCAAUCAUUGCUAAACUCCAAUUGUUGAAGCAAGAUGAGAUUGAAGCAGUAAAGACAAUGUACAAGGGGAUCCAAAAGAACAAAAGGGACGCAAACACGUUGGUAUUGCAAGCCGAGUACUGUUUAGAUAAGAAGAAGCCUGAAUUGGCAUUAGAAUUGGCAAAACAAGCAGUCAAGUCUUCUCCUUCCGAUUACUUUACUUGGUCAGUCUUGGUGAAGUGCUAUACUAAAUUGGGUGAUUUUGAAAAUGCGCUUCUAACUUUGAAUUCGUGUCCAAUGAACUCUCACAAGGAGAGGUAUCAGUUGAAGAGGGUUGUGCCAAUCAAGACUCAUGAUGAAUUGCAUUUGCCAUCACCGUUGGAUGUCACAUUGGAUGAAGUUUCCAAUUUGCAAAGCAAUGAUAUCAGCUAUGAACAUAGAAACUUGGAUCCGCAAUUGGCCAACUUACCAGCAGCGAACUUGAAAUCGACAUACGCCAAAGCCUAUGACUUGUUAACAGAGAUUGUGGCCAAAACUGGAUGGGAACAGUUGUUGAAAUAUCGUGCCAAGGUAUUUGUUAUGGAAGAGGAAUACAAGAAAGACAAGAAAACAACUGCCAAUGGCCACCUUCGCAAAGCUUCAACCCAAUCAUCGGUCAAUGUCAAUGUCAAUGUCAAUGACGCUAGUACCACCGCGACGCCUUCAGUUGUCGAGAGUGAUGUCGAAUCGACUGUGGCCGUCAAGUCUCCAACACAAAAGCCACUUGAUGCAGCAGCAUCAGUGGCACCAGAAGCACCAACUGUGGAAGACGAAACGAACUACGAUGAAGAGUUUAAGAAAAAGAGAUUAUGUGAAAGGUGGUUGGACAAUUUGUUUAUGCUUUUGUAUGAGGAUUUGAGAGCUUUUACCAUGUGGCAAACGGAGUCCUUGCAUUUCCAAGCACAACAAAUGGAGUACAAAAAGACCACUUUGGAGUGGGAAAUACUUGGUCUGAUAGCAUACAGGUUGAAGCAUUUUAAAGAAGGAGCUGUUGCCUUUUCAAAUGCUUUAAGUGGGCGUUUUUCCGCCAAAUCCCAACGUGAAAUGUUGAAAUACUACUUGAAGGAACACUCGAGGCUUAUAACUAAAAACACCUCGUCGUUUAACAGUAAUCCAAACUUUAUUCAAAACUAUUCCAAAAUGAUGAACCAGUUGAGCGAAAAGAUUUUGGAGAGUAUAGUUCGAUUAUUGGUAUGGAACCAUCGAUGGUAUUCUGACUUUUCCCCAUUUUUGCUAUUGGCGUUGAGUGAUUUGGUUGCAUGGGAAGGUUCAGUCAAGAUUGAAAGUUCUGUGAAGGCUUUGUACAGUGAAGUCAAAUUACCUGGUAGUGGAAGUAAAGAUGGUGCUGUUAAAGACCAAAAAGAGGAUCGUUUUAGCAACCACGGAGUAAUUGAGAUGAUGAAGGAUUUGAAUGAUGAUUACAUUAAAUUGUACAAUCUAAAUAACGCUGAUGAGUAA